AUGGGGGUAAUAUAUAGUAUGAAGGAAGGUAAUGUGACGACCAUCACGGCUGAGGAGAAGUCAAAGGACACGCCCGCUGAGCGUGUAGAAACUAAUGAGCCGACCGACGAGGGUGUGUCGGAGAGUCUAAUCAUAACCGCCGGUGAAGAAGAGAACUCGCGUGCUGACCUUGGGCUUCAAGUUAGUAGUGUGCAUCGUGAGUUCAUAAAACUCGCUCGUAAGAAAGGGGAAGUGGUUGACACACUGGGUCAGCCUAGCGGCAAAUUGGACUAUCUUGUGAAGUAUUCACCGCCACCUAGUUUCUUCAUCGAUCCCAAGGAUGUCGUUCCCGAUGGGUGGGGAGGUAUGGACGACCCGCUCGAGCCUAACGAAGAAAUGGUUGGCACGAUUACCCCUGUGGUAAUUGAUUUAUCUGUCGAGGAGGAUUUAUGGAUGCCGGACGAGGGAGAUGUCGAGCAUCUAGUCGUCGACCUUAUGGCCAGGGAGUUCGCUACCCUAGAGAUCGGUGAUGGUGUCAUGGAGCCAAUCGUGAUUGAGCUCCCGCCUGAGGAUGAAGAGGACUUGAUAAUAGAGAAAACCCCGAGUUACAACCCCAAGGCAGUCCCUUGGAGUUAUAAGACGGACGAGAUUGACGCCAUCACACGUUCAGGCCGUUGCUAUGCACCUGCUGGGGUAGUCGAGAAGAAAGCCGUCUCGGAAGAGGAGGCGAAGCAGUUCCUGGCAAUUGUCAAAACGAGCGAAUUUAAUGUCGUGAACCAAUUGAGAAAGAUGCCUGCCCAGAUCUCUCUUUUGGAUCUUUUUAAAACAUCCGAGAAGCACAAAAAUGCACUACUAAAAGUCCUUAAUGAAGUGCAUGUGCCAGAAGAUAUCGAUGAUAGUCAGCUAGAGGAGUUCGUAGGGUCCAUUUUAUUGAAAGAUCAAAUCUCAUUUGCCGAUGAAGACUUCCCCGUUGAAGGUCGCAACCAUACCAAGGCGCUACUUAUCUCGGUAAAGUGUCGUGAUAGGAUGGUGGCAAGAGUAUUGAUUGACAAUGGAUCGGCAUUAAAUAUUUGUCCACUUGCUACCCUUCGUUGUCUGGGGGUAAAUGAAGAAAAAAUGCUAGUAUCCAAAUCUACCGUUCGUGCUUUUGACGGUAUGAAAAAGGAAGUAAUUGGUGAGGUUGAGCUUGAACUACUGAUUGGUCCAGUCCUUUUCCUAGUCAGCUUCCAAGUCCUAGAUAUUCCUAGUGCCUUCAAUUUUUUACUGGGACGACCGUGGAUACAUACCGCCGGAGCUGUACCCUCGAGCCUACGCCAAAAGGUUAAAUUCAUUGUGGACGGGAAGCUGGUAACUGUUCACGGGGAAACUGACUUUAAGGUUUUUCACGACACGGCAAUCCCAUAUGUAGAACCCGAGGACAAGGCUGAAUCGAGUUAUCAAACUCUGGAGUUGGUCUCGAUGGUCCAUGUGCCCGUUGGGACCAUCAUGCGAGACCUAGACGUGGGUAAGCCGUCGCUCAUGUCGAGCAAGGUAUUGCUCGAAAAUGGUCAUGUCCCCGGAACCGGCCUGGGAUUAUAUGGACAAGGUAUCAAAGAACCCCUCCGGGUCUCCAAGUGGCGCAGGAAGACAGGCCUGGGUUAUCAUGGGAGCAAUUCUGGUGACCGAGAUAACCAUGGAGAACGAGGCUGUGUCGGAGGACGAGGUCAACAGGGAGGCCGUGGUGGUCGUGGUGGCCAUACUAAUUAUAGCGGCCAGGCAAGCAACAAAGACCAUGGUGAUUACGGAGGCCUAGCUAAUCAGGGAAGUUGCGGAGGUCGAGGAAGUUUAUUUGGAUUAGGGGAAGGUCAGAAGGGCCUACUUCUGCCAGAGUUGAAGGAAAUCUUCCGGGGGCCACCCAAGCUGCUACAGGAAGAGGAGGCCAUUCUUAGUCUCGUCGAUCUUUUCGAGGGGGAGUGCAUUUGUACCAUCACAAAAAAUGAAGAGGCCGAGCCUUCUAUUGCCACCGCCAACCUUUUUGAGCAUAACAUUUCACAUGAUCAUGAUAGGGGUAUAUGUGAGUCGGAUUUGCUCGACGAAAAUUCCUCUGGGACCGAGGAUGACAAGGAUGACUGUGAUUGGAAAACCAUCGAACAAGAUUGGACUCGGCAUGAAGAGUCUAAGCCAUUGACCGCAGAGCCUACAAUUACAAUAAAUCUGGGCGAUUCGGAGAAUGUUAGAGAAAUCAAGAUUGGAGCUGACCUUUCUAAAAUCAAGAUUAGAAGGAUGGUUGACCUUUUAAAAGAAUACCAAGAUGUGUUCGCGUGGUCAUAUGCGGAUAUGCCGGGGUUAGAUAGAGAAAUUGUAGAGCACGCUCUGCCAACUGAUCCGAGUAUCCCGCCGAAGAAACAAAGGCUCAGAAGAACAAAGCCCGAAUUAUCCAAGAAGAUCGAAGAAGAAGUCAUGAAGUUGUUGAAAGUGGGCUUCAUAGAAGUGUCGCACUAUUCUGACUGGAUCGCCAAUGUAGUCCCCGUUAUGAAGAAGGAUGGUCGGGUCAGGGUUUGUAUUGACUACCGCGAUCUGAAUCGAGCAAGUCCGAAGGAUGACUUCCCGCUGCCUCACAUCGAUGUGUUGGUCGACAGCACCGCGGGAUUUGAGCUAUUUUCUUUUAUGGAUGGAUUUUCUGGCUAUAAUCAAAUUCGGAUGAAAGAAGAAGAUAAAAGUAAGACCUCCUUCAUUACCCCUUGGGGGACCUUUUGUUAUAAGGUAAUGCCUUUUGGCUUGAAGAAUGCCGGGGCAACGUACCAAAGAGCAAUGGUCACGCUGUUCCACGAUAUGAUGCAUAAGGAGGUAGAGGUCUACGUAGACGAUAUGAUUGCCAAAUCCAAACAUGGAGAAGACCACAUCGAGGUGUUGCGGAAGUUGUUUGACCGACUUCGAAGGUUCAAGCUAAGACUUAACCCCGCCAAAUGUAUGUUUGGGGCAAAAUCUGGGAAACUAUUGGGGUUCAUGGUCAGUAGUCGAGGCAUUGAAAUUGACCCGUCAAAGGUUAAGGCCAUUUGUGAUUUGAAGCCUCCUUCAACUGUCAAAGAGAUUCGGAGUUUGCUAGGGAGACUCAACUAUGUGGCGAGAUUCAUUUCUCAAUUGUAUGAGACGGCUAAACCUUUUUUCAAGCUCUUGAAGAAAAAUGCCAAAGUUAAGUGGGAUACUGAUUGUCAAGAGGCAUUUGAGAAAAUAAAACAAUAUCUUUCUCAUUCGCCGGUCCUGGUGCCACCCGUCCCUAGAGUGCCGUUAAUACUCUACCUGACUAUUCAUGAUGAGUCGUUGGGGGCCUUGCUAGCUCAGAAGAGACCAAGCGAUGACAAAGAAUGUGCGGUAUACUAUCUCAGUAAGAAGUUUACUUCAUCCGAAAUAAAUUACCCCGGAGUUGAAAAAACAUGUGCGGCUUUGGUGUGGGUAUUACACCGCUUACGCCAAUACACACUCCAUCAUCGGAUCCUACUCGUAACUGAGAAUGAUCCCAUCAAAUAUUUGCUGGAAAAACCUGCGUUGGUCGGAAAGUUAGCAAAGUGGCAAGUUCUAGUGUCCGAAUUCGAUGUCCACAGCAUGACGCAGAAAUCUGUCAAGGGAAGAGCUAUAGCUGACAUGCUGGCAGAAAACAUCGAAAGGUCGGAAGACCAUGAUCGAUCGAGAUCCUAUAGAAGAGCGCAUUUCGGAGAUAGUGGACGAUAA